AUGACCACCAUCGAUGUUCCUAAAGCGACAUCAUUCCCUCAGCCUGAAUGGAAACCUCCACAGGUGACUAUACAAGAGCCGGUGCUGAGGGUAUAUAACUCUCUUACGAGAACCAAAGACAUCUUCACUCCCACCAAAGGUCGCAGAGUAGAUUGGUACAACUGCGGUCCUACGGUAUACGACUCAUCGCAUAUGGGUCAUGCUCGUAAUUACCUCACACAGGAUAUUAUCCGUCGUAUUCUCAGAGAUUAUUUCGGAUACGAUGUCAACUUUGUUAUGAACAUCACUGAUAUCGAUGACAAAAUCAUCAUUCGCGCUAGAGAAACUCACCUUUUGAACCAAACCAUCUCCCAGAACCCUUCCCUCACAUCUCAACUCAUAGCCGACACGCAAGCUUCUUUUGCGGCUUAUCUCGAUAGUAAACUAAUGAAAAUCUUACCGACAUCUUCGGAGGUAGGACCAAAUGCAACACCUUUUGAGACCUUCGAGAACAUCGUCAAACGAGAUACGAGUGACUUACAAUGGGCUGCCGAGAUGAGAAGUAAAGAAGAGAAAUUCGGAAUGUAUAUGACUAGCUUGACCAAGGCCCAAGCUGCGAUACAGAAGGCCGAGGUACGAUUAGCGCAGAGCUCAGGAGGGGGUGAUGCUGUUAAAGAUCUGGUAGAGGGGACUUCUGAUGUUUUGGGACCAUAUCUGGGGACAAAACUCGCCAGUACGAUUCAAGAUCCUAUCAUCAUCUGUCGCCAAUUAGCUUCAUUCUGGGAAGACAAAUUCUUCUCCGAUAUGUCCCGUCUCCAUGUCCUUCCGCCAGAUACCAUCACACGCGUGUCUGAAUACAUGCCAGAGAUCGUCGAUUUCGUUCAGGGAAUCGUGGACAAUGGGUUCGCAUAUGAAGGCGGAGGGAGUGUAUGGUUUGACGUUACUAAAUUUGAGGGUGCGGAUGGAGAUGGGUUCAGACAUGAGUAUGCAAAAUUGCAACCGGGUAGUAAGGGUAAUCGGAAGUUGUUGGAUGAAGGUGAAGGCGCGUUAACCGGUGUUCAGGGGAAAAGACAAGCAGCAGAUUUCGCUCUAUGGAAAGCAAAGAGUAAACCUGGGGAACCUGCUUGGCCUUCACCAUGGGGGGAAGGACGGCCAGGAUGGCAUAUAGAAUGUUCGGUCAUGGCUUCUGCGAUUCUAGGAGAGGGUAUGGACAUUCAUUCUGGAGGGGUGGAUCUCAUGUUUCCUCAUCAUGAUAACGAAAUGGCUCAAUCCGAGGCGUAUCAUGGCUGCAGACAAUGGGUCAACUACUUUCUGCAUACGGGACAUUUACAUAUUGAGGGAUUGAAGAUGAGCAAGUCAUUGAAGAAUUUUAUCACUAUUGAUGAAGCUCUUCGAGAUUACUCAGCCCGCCAACUCCGUUUAGCUUUCAUGCUCCAAACAUGGAACGCCCGACUUGAUUUCCGGAAAGACCUGAUCGCGGACGUACGAGUCAAAGAGGAGACCUUUAAUAACUUCUUCAUCAAUGUGAAAGCACGUAUAGCGGAAGCGGCCGCGAGGAGAGUUGUCUUUGACGGAAAACAUCACUUCGACCAAUUAGAGAAAGGACUUAUGUCGGACUUCCACUCUGCCCAACAUGACUUUCGUAUUGCCCUCUGUGACUCUUUCAACACCCCCUCUGCCAUCCUCGUCUUGUUAGAUCUCGUGGCUAAAGUCAAUGUGUACUUUGUCAGUAGAGGUAGAGAAUACAAUAUUGAGCCUGUAAGGGUGAUAGCCGAAUGGGUGACGAAGAUGUUGAGAAUGUUUGGAUUGGGUGAAGGGUUGGCUGGGGAUGGACAGAUUGGGUGGGGUAAAGAGGGUGAAGAGGGGUCAGCUGGGGAUUUCGAAACUAAACUUGAUAAAUAUCUUCGAGCCAUAACUUCCUUCCGUGAUGAUGUCCGUCGUCUUGCCAUCUCCUCCGCUACUCCAAAUGAAAUCUUAAACCUUUGCGAUAAAUUCCGUGAUACAGACUUGAUAAACCUCGGUGUUCAAUUAGAUGACGGACAAUCAUCAACAGGAGGAGCUUUAUACAAACUUGUAGAUCCAUCGAUUCUCAUCAAAGCAAGAGAAGAAAAACAAGCUAUCUUAAUUGAAAAAGCACGUAAAAAAGCGGAAACUUUAGCUUUGGCAGAAAAUAAGAAAAUGGUUUUGUUGGAAAAAGGUAAAGUCAAACCGGAAGAAAUGUUCAAACCUCCAAAUGUACCUCUAGAUACAUGGAGCGAAUGGGAUGAACAAGGUUUACCGAUAAAAGAUGGCAAAGGUGAGAUGGUGAGUAAAGGUCAAAGUAAGAAGAAUUUGAAGUUGUGGAAUGAACAAGUGAAGUUGAAUGAGAAUUGGAAGAAAUGGAAGGUUGAACAAGGGGAUUGAGAGUAGUAUUUACGUAUCAUUAUGUCAUUUCAUUGCAUG